UUCCGCACCCCAGCUGAAGAUGCGGACAUAAUGAUGCGGACUUUUUGGGCUAAGUCGCAUCUCAUGGCGGCGACAAGCUUCGAGGCAAGCUUCACGGAAGUAGGCGGGACCCCGGGAUAUAUGGCUCCAGAAUAUUCUUGAAGACCGGACAUGGGAAACCGGUGACGUUUGGGCGAUGGGCGUCGUGACUUACUUCCUGCUGGCCGGCUAUACGCCAUUCGACCAGGACUCGCCUCAAGCCGAGAUGGAGGCGAUCAUCCAUGGCAAUUACAAAUUCGAGCCGGAAGAAUACUGGUCGAACGUGUCUGACACGGCUCGGGACUUCGUGCGGGCGUGCCUUACGAUCGAUCCCGACGCGCGGCCCCUGCUGCCGAGGCUCUUGAGCACCCUUGGUUGAAGGGAGACACUUUGUGUCGACAGCUUCAGGCGGGCGACGGACUUGCUUCCCUACGUGAAGAAAGCAUUCGACGCGAAGCGUGCUUGGAGGAAGGCGGCAUUCAGCAUCCGAGCGGUUUAAACGCAUGACGGCGCUUGCGGGUGCCACCCAUCUGGACAAGAGGCCCAAGAGCUGUCUGACAAUGUCCGGCAGUACAAGGAGGAGUCAGAGAAAGAGAUCAUGGAGAAUGCGUCCAUCAUGCAUCACCACAACGACGACGUCGUGGAGAAGCUUGCAGAGACGAAAUUGGCUUGAAGAUUCACUGUACCAUAACUAGUUCCAUCUACUUCAAUCCGAGGCUGGGAGUCUGUCCAGUCGGAUGAUGGCGCGCUACUGGCAGCAGGCGCUUAUUAGCAACAGGGACAGCUAUGAUGCAGUUCUCGAGACAUUCUCGUAAAGGCCGCGUCUAGUGCUCUCAUUCUUGCUCUUGCUGGGUUGUGAUCCUUCUGGACAACGCCGAGACCUUCCAUAUACAUGUCUCCUUCUUAGAGCCCCCACGAUCUCCGGCUUUGCGUUCGGUGUUCCCUACUUGUAAAAUUGUCGAACGCCUCGAUCGCUGUCCUCCGCGUCCUUCAAUAUCUAUUACGGCUCACAGUCGUCCUCUACAGGAGCGCUGAUCAAUAAAAUCAAAAAAAGUCAUUUGCACCCGACGCCUCGCGUCGAGCUCAGGGGGCGGGGCGGGGCCGAAAGGGGCGUCCAGCCGUCUCAGCCGAUUUCCAAAAUCAACAGGGGCAAAUAGCUGACAUAAGAGGAGAAAGAACCCUCCUCCAUCACGCCUUCGUCUUUUCCCUCCCCCUCCUCCUCCUCCGCCGUCACUAGCCCGCCCUCAGCCGUCUACUGCUUCACCUGCCGCUCGUUUCAGGCAUCUACCACCACUUACCUAUCCCUAUUCUCUGCUCCCGUAUCAGAUCUGCAAUGGGCUGCGUUCAAAGUGCUGGCGUUGAUGAGGAGGCGAAGGCUCGCAACGAUGAAAUUGAGAACCAACUCAAGCGGGACCGGAUGCUCGCCAAGAACGAAAUCAAGAUGCUUCUCCUCGGUGCUGGAGAGUCCGGCAAAUCGACGGUGCUGAAACAGAUGAAGCUUAUCUAUUAUGAUGGCUACAACGCGCAAGAGCGUGAUGCGUACAAGGAGAUCAUUUUCUCCAACACGAUUCAGAGCAUGCGCGCCAUCCUCGAGGCCAUGCCCCAGCUGGACAUUUCGCUUGCCCCCCAGAACGAUGCUCGCCGUGCCACCAUUCUUGCCCUGCCGCCUCAAAUUGAGGCUGACUCCCUUCCGCGAGAUCUGGCGGAUGCGAUUCGGGGGUUAUGGCGCGGUACACCCAGGCGUGAAGGAGGCGGUUCGACGAUCCCGGAGUUCCAGCUGAACGACAGCGCUGUGUAUUACUUCAACGCUAUCGACCGGAUGUCGACGCCGGACUACCUGCCCACUGACCAGGACAUCCUCCGUUCCCGUGUCAAGACGACGGGUAUCACUGAGACUACCUUCAAGGUCGGCGAGUUGACGUACAGGUUGUUCGACGUUGGUGGACAGCGUUCCGAGCGGAAGAAGUGGAUACAUUGCUUCGAGAACGUGACGGCGCUGGUGUUCUUGGUAUCCCUGAGCGAGUACGACCAGAUGCUCUAUGAGGAUGAGAGUGUCAACCGUAUGCAAGAAGCGUUAACGCUGUUUGACUCCAUCUGCAACUCAAGAUGGUUUGUGAAGACUAGCAUCAUCUUGUUCCUGAACAAGAUCGAUCUCUUCGCCGAAAAGCUGCCGCGCAGUCCUCUGGUGAGCCGUUGUGCCAGGCGACUACUUCCCCGACUACCAGGUGGCGACAACUACGAUGCCGCAUGUGAAUACCUCCUGCACCGAUUCGUGUCGCUCAACCAGAGCGCCGCAACGAAGCAGAUCUAUGCCCAUUAUACCUGUGCGACAGAUACACAGCAGAUCAAGUUUGUGUUGAGUGCGAUCCAGGACAUUCUGCUGCAGCUCCACCUGCGGGAGUGCGGACUGCUAUAGAAUGGUUCUGUUUCUGUUACUUACCCCUACAUACGUAUAAUUGCUCGACACUUUCUACGACCUCCGGAUCUCUUCCUUGUUCUUUUGCAUUACUACUUGUUGCCAUGCGCCUUUCAUACAUAUUGGAUCCCUUGGGUGGAUGGCCUGUCUCUUUCGUGUGUUUAUAUUAUGAUUACAUUACGUUGUCUCUCCUCUUUCUGUUGAGAAUACAUUCCUUUGACGCAUCUC